CUGACCAUUUCUUGGCCUUUUGCUCUGACUCUCUGACACGUCUCACUGACAAUGGAGUCUGUCAUCGACCUCACGACGACAUCCUUCAAGGCCAUUGCGGCCGUGGCUGUCGUCUUCACGGCCGCGUACGCCUACAACGGCCCAGACAAGACACCGCUCGGCAGGACGCUCUUGAAGCUGUCGCACAAGGUGCUCCUCCCAUCCUUGAUCUUUGUAUCGCUGGCCACCUCUCCUGGCCUGUCCUUCAAGCGACUCAUCCAGCAAUGGCCAUCCCUCCUCCUCAACAUCAUCACGCACGCCGCGUCCCUGUUCUUCGCCGUUCUCUACUUCCACUGGCAGCGCGGCAACAAGUGGCUCAUCGAGGCGCUGACCUUUAACAACGUGUCGUCAUACCCCCUCCUCCUCCUCCAGGCUCUCUACCUCCUCUCGUCUGAGACGACUGGCCUGUCGCACCUCAAAUGGCGCACCCUCGACCACAUCCCCGUCGUGCUCCAGCGCGCAACAGAGUACCUCGUCCUCAACAUUGUCAUCACCGAGGGCCUCCGCGUCGCGAUCGUGCACGCUGUCCCCCGCGGAUUCGCCAAGGACGUGCCCGUCGAACUCGACGAGCCUGAGGACCCCGCCAACGGCGAUGGUGCUGCUGCGGUAUCUGCGGAGACUUCGGCCGACGGGGCGACGGAGCGAACCCCGCUGCUCCCUGCCAGCGCGACCAGCGCGGCUACUAGCCCCGCGCGUAGCGCCAUUCCGUGGGACACAAUCCGCACGACAUACCUCGUGCCCAUCGUCCUGCCGGCUGCGCUUGGUGUGCUCAUCGGCGCCAUCAAGCCGCUCCAGCGGGCACUGGUCGGCGAUGUGUCCGAGCACACGACGGCCACGGCGUGGUCCACUGUCGGGUAUGGCCUCGUCCUCCUCGGCGCGGCGUUCGCCGUCGUCGACAUCCUCGGCGCCGGCGCCGAGGUCCGCUCGACUGAGAAGAACCAUUCCCAUGGCGUCGCCGUUCCGCCGGCCCUCGCGACCGUCCUCGUGUACACUAUCUGGCGCUUCAUCGCGAUCCCGGUGAUUGCCAUCCUGGUGGUCAAGGGAUUCCGACACAUCCCCUCGGUCCACGUCUACCUCCAGGACCCGGCGUACUCGUUUGUGCUCAUCAUCGCGGCGGUUUCCCCCCCUGCGGCCCUGCCCGAGAACGCUGGCGCGUUCCAGUCGUCGGUCUACUUCUACGUCCACUAUGUCGCGCUGGUCGCCUCGGUCGUCGUCGCCAUCGCCUUCUCCGUCGCCGGCCGCGGCAUCGGCUCUGACGUCGACUUUGACUUGUCUGGCGCGCUGAAAAAGGCCCUCGGCGGUGGCCUGGCUGGCGCAGCAGCCAUGGUCGUCCAGGUGCUCGCCCUCAUGCCUCUCCGCACCAUCAUGAACUACCAGUACCGCUACGGCGGCAGCAUCAAGGAGGCUGUCAGCAACCUCUGGAACGACGGCGGCUUCUUCCGCUACUAUGCGGGCUUCUGGGCCGCCAUCUUCCAAGGCCCCCUCUCGCGCUUCGGCGACACGGCCGCCAACGUUGGCAUCCUCGCCCUGCUCGCAAGUGUCGACUGGCCCGUGCUGGUCAAGACGGUCGUCGCGUCCCUCGCCUCUGCCACCUUCCGCAUGACGCUCACGCCCAUCGACACGCUCAAAACGACGCAGCAGACCAAGGGCGGCAAGGCCGGUCUUCAGCUCCUCCGUGAGCGUAUCAAGGAGAACGGCAUCGGCUGCCUGUGGUGGGGAGCCCUGGCCACGGCAGCCGCGACGUUCGUCGGACACUACCCCUGGUUCGCGACGUACAACUACCUGUCGGCUGUGCUCCCGCUGCCCACCACCGUGCUCCAGAAGCUUGCCCGCCAAGCCUUCAUCGGCUUUGCGGCCUCAGUCGCCUCGGACACGAUCAGCAACUCGUUGCGUGUCGUCAAGACGUACCGUCAGGUGCACGAGGAGGAUGUCGGCUACUGGACCGCCGCCAAGGAGAUUGUCGCGUCCGAAGGCCUGCUUGGCCUGUUCGGCCGUGGCUUGCCGACGCGCCUCGUCACCAAUGGCCUCCAAGGUCUCCUCUUCAGCGUCCUCUGGAAGCUCUUCAUGGACAUCUUCACCGCCAAGAACCCGGCGUAGUCAUAGUCGUGUAUGCGUCAUAUAUAGAAGUCUAUGCAAUCGUAACCCUCCCUCGCACCGCUCCCACGCCUACUCGACCACCUCGAACGUCUCCCACCACCCCACGGCGUCCGACUUGGCGACCAGGGGGCCAUCACCAGUCGCCUGCACAUACUUGCCGUUGUGCGCCUUGAGGGCAAUGACGCCGCCGCCCUGCUGCUCGACCUCGAACGUUUCCCACGGGCCCGCGCCGGGCCGGUUGGCGACGAGCGUAAAGUCUGGCUGGCCGUCGACGUGGGGCUCGGCGCACACAUACUGCCCGCUCUUGGUCUUGAUCGCAGCGCACGUCGGCGACUCGUACUCGAGCUCAAACUGCUCCCACGGACCGACGUUGUCACGGUUGGCAAAGAGCGGGUGGCCGCCGCCGCCCUCGGCGCAGACGAUCUUGCCGUUGACCCGUGCGCGUAGGCCGACAAACGGCAGAGGGUUGAAUCUUCCGCGUCCAGGCCAUGGCUCGGUCGGGCGCACCUUGGUCACCUCGGCGCGGCCCUGGAACAUCUCGCGCGCGUCACGCGUGAUUCGCAGGUAGUAGUCCGAGGUGCACGCCACGCCGUCUUCGUCGAGCGCGUUGUGCGGAAACUCCGGCGGCUGGUUGGCCUUGGUCUCGGCCGUCGGCGCAAUUUGGUUGCCCUCGUUGUACUCGUCAAACAUGGAGAUGUAGAUGCCGAGGCCGACACCCGUCUCCUUGAGCCGCACAGAGUUGUACCAGUGACGCCAGUAAAAGUCGCCGUGGUACCGGUCGCCUGCGCGGAGGUCGCCCGGCAUCACACACGGCUGGUAGUCGAUGCCCAGGCUCGCCAGCUCCUUGGCGUCGGGGAGGUUUGCCGCCUCGUACAUGUUGUCCAGGUCGCGGAUCUUGCCGGCGCGACCGACCAUCCACGGCGAGAUGCAGUCGAGGGUGCGGUACACCUGGGCGUAGUUGUCGCGGCUGUCGCUCUUGCCCUCGCGCCACCACGUGGGCACGCCGCCGAUGACAUAGCACCCCUGCGACUUGAACCAGUUGAUGAUCUCGAUGCACGCCGCAGGGUCCCACUUGUGUCCGUCGUCGUUGAACCCAAAGCCCCAGAUGGACACGACGGCGCGUCCGUUCUGGCGCGCGUAGCUCGGUCCGCACGCGAACGCGCUCAUGAUGCUCAGCCAGUCGGUCUUGAGCUCGCUCUGCAUGUUGGCCCAGCCGGAGAUGUCGUACAUGCAGUACCACUUGCGGCCUGUCGCCUCGGCGGCGCGCGCGACGCGUGGUGUUGUAACGUUGCGGAUUGGGCCCUCGCCACCGGUAGGGUUGAAGCGUUGCAGUGCUGCCGUGUCGAUGCCGGCGUCGGCCAUCAUACGGAAAUGCGUGAGGAUGGUGCAGUCGUCCAUAUUGCUGAACAGGCUUGGCUGCGCGCCAUCGGCCUGCACGCCGUGCGCGGUGGGGUACGUCUUCUCGUACGGCCGCAUGUCGGGCCAGCUGAUGAUGCCGCAGUUGUCUGGCCCGCACAGCUUGAGCCGGUCUGGCGAGUAAUGCCACCAGCCGCCGAUGCACUGGGCCUCCGAGCCGUCGCCCUCGCACGUGAACCAUGCCUGGUAUCCAGUCGUGACUGCGCCGACAAUGUCGCCUGGGGGACUCAUAAUGGUGAAGUG